AAACUGCACACGAGUGUUCUCAUCUCUAAAUCGGCUCACCUUUGUCCGACCAUAGCACGGCACCGGUUUCUUAUUCUGUCGAUCGCCGUCAAAUCUCCGGUGUACGGUCAGGCUCUGCUCUCCGCUGCUGCUAAUUCGCUUUCAAUUGACGUUCUCUUAUCAAUUACAUCAGAAGUUGUCAAAUAUCUGGCUAUAGAGAUCCUGGAUCUUGUGAUCAUUGCGUUUUUCAUGGGUGUAGAGGGUAAUGAACCACCCACAAAACGUUUGAAGGUUUCUUCUAGAGCAUCAGUUAGAGAUCAAGAAAGUUGUUCAGUAAGUCACUCAAUGGCUCGCCUAUUAGCAUCUCAGGAGGAGGAUGAGGUUGUUGGUUCAAGAGGUGUCAUUAAGAAAGUAGAACUUGUUCGGAUUAUAACUGAAGCAUUGUAUUCUCUUGGGUUUUCAAAGUCAGGGGCAUGCCUUGAGGAAGAAUCAGGAAUACCUUUGCACUCUACUAAGGUAGAUAUAUUUGUGCAGCAGAUUCUUGAUGGUAAAUGGGAUGACAGUGUCAUGACAUUGCAUGAAAUUGAUCGAAUGGAUGAGUGUGUAGUUAAGCUGGCAUCGUUCACAAUAUUGGAGCAGAAAUUUUUUGAGCUUUUGGAUGGAGGAAAAGUCCUGGAUGCUUUGAAGACUCUUAGGACCGAGAUUGCACCCAUUUCUGAUAAUAAUGGCUAUAGAGUCCGAGAGCUUUCCUAUUACAUGGUGUCUCCAUCCCAGAAUUCACUUGAAAAGGCUGAUCGAGAAUCAAGACUCAAAUCUCGUAGAAAAUUACUGGAGGAACUGCAAAAGUUGCUUCCUCCAACUGUAAUAAUUCCAGAAAACAGAUUGGUGCAUCUUGUUGAAAAGGCUAUUGACUUGCAGAAAGAUGCUUGUAGGUUUCACAACUCCACAGUUGGAGACAUAUCAUUGCUCACAGAUCAUCACUGUGGAAGGGACCAGAUUCCAUGUCAAACAUUGCAGGAACAUAGCAAUGAAGUCUGGUUCUUGCAAUUCUCACACAACGGGAAAUAUUUAGCUUCAUCAUCAAGUGAUUGUCUAGUGAUUAUAUGGGAGGUUAAGGAUGACAGCCAAGUUUCAGUUAGACACAGAUUAAUUGGUCACCAGAAACCGGUCUCGUAUAUCUCAUGGAGCCUCGAUGAUCAUCAAAUCCUUUCAUGUGGAUUUGAGGAGACCAUUAGACGGUGGGAUAUUGCCUCUGGUGAAUGCCUUCAGAUAUAUGAAAAAAGUGGUCUUGGCUUUGUCUCUUGCGGCUGGGGUGUGGAUGGGAAUAGUAUAUUUUCUGGUGUUACUGAUAAGAGCAUCAGCAUGUGGGAUCUCGAAGGAAAAGAAUUAGAAUGCUGGAAAGGGCAGAAGUCUGUUAGGAUUACUGACCUGGGGAUCUCUAGUGAUGGGAAAGAGCUUGUCACGGUUUGCAAAGACACCACGAUACUGUUAUUCAAUUGGGAGACAGUGACCGAGAAAUUCAUUGAAGAAAGUCAAACAAUAACGUCAUUUGUACUUUCUAGGGAUAGAAAGCUUUUGCUUGUUAGCUUAUGGAAUGAAGAACUUCAUCUUUGGGACAUCGAUGGCUGCCCCAGGCUGGUAUCUAAGUAUAAAGGCCACAAGCGUUCACGUUUUGUCGUGCGGUCUUGUUUUGGUGGGCUGGAACAAGCUUUUAUUGCGAGUGGAAGUGAGGACUCACAGGUUUACAUAUGGCACAGACCCUCGGGAGAGCUCAUCAUGACUUUGGCCGGGCAUUCUGGUGCCGUAAACUGUGUCAGCUGGAAUCCAGCUAAUCCACAUAUGCUUGCCUCAGCAAGCGACGAUCGAACUAUACGGAUAUGGGGACUGAACAAGGUAAACUUGAACUGUAACGGGAGGAAUGAUAAUACUGUUCACUACUGCAAUGGCAAAAGUUGAACUUUGGAACAUAAAACGAAGAAAAAAAAAAUUUGUAAAGUCGAGUGUUUCUAUGUAAAUUCUUCUGCUUCAGUGUUUUAAGCUAACGUUUGUAUCAACAAAGUGUACGCGAAAGUGUAACCACUAAUAACAAAUCAUGCAUGUCCCAUUUCUUCUGUGAUAUAGUGGUGGUGUUUGUUGGUUAUUCUUUCAUUUCGAGGCUUAUGAUCAUCGGGG